AUGAACUGCAUUCAACCCAUAACUGUGAUCCUUCAGAUAACUGUGAUCCUUCAGAUCCGGACGCUUCUCAAGCAGAAAGGGAAGGUCGCUCUCAGUGGAAGGUCUGAGCAAAUAGCCGUGGGCGACAAGAAAGGCCGCACCACUACUGUGUGCGCUAACACGUUGGGGGGAAGCGCCAUGAACGCCGAGCCGAGGGUAGUCGCGAAGCAUAGGCUUCUGGUACAAGAAGAUGGAAAGCAGCAGGUUCAUAUCUGCGAUGUGCACAGCUGGAACGAUUCCGAUGAAGUAGAACACGGUGUCAGCGGCAAACUCGAAGUCCAGACACGUCGCUUCACCCCUAGCAAGACAAUCAGGCACUACCCCAAGUUCAGGCUGACGCUCUCUUCCAAGGCGGAUUCUUCUGGCCUGAUAGCGCCGUUCUUAAACCGGCUACGGAGCACUAGACAGGCUGCCGUGGUGGUACUGAACAAGCGCGGAUGGGUGGGUUAUCUGCUUCCCCAUGCAACGGAGUCGAAGCUGUACUGCCACUUCCACCGCCAGGAGCAUAUGGACGCUGCACGCCAGCAGAUCCGCUCGCGGCAACCUGCUAGGAUGCCGAUGUUGGCUCCUAUCGAGCGCGGGCCUUGGGCCUCACGGAAACCACUGACGAGUCGGGAGUUUGGAGAGAGGCUCGACGGACCAGACUACGAUCCAGCCCUGAUUUACACCAUGGACGAGCUGGACCCAUAUCGAGAUAUGCCAGCACCAUCAAAGGAAGAAUCGCAACAAUUACCGUCACUCGAUGAUGCGGAGCACUCCGUCGACAGGCUUGGCAUGAAUGGCGGCUUCCGAGAGCAAUACUAUGACGUUCCACCUGUUCGUGUGGAUAACGGGUUGGGGCAAGGAGGACAACAUAUGGGGCACCGAGAACGCGGGCCUCUAUCCGCGCAGGCAGAAGCAGCAGCAAAGUACAGCGAGGAGCUACGGACUGAGGGUCAGCAAGCUUCGAGUUUUAUCUACCACCUCAAGAGAUUCAACAACUGGGUCAAAGCCACGCUAAUCGCCAAGGCCAGCAAAGACGCCUCCCAUGCUGGUCUGCGCGUGCUAGACUUGGCGUGCGGAAAAGGCGGAGACUUGUUCAAAUGGGCUACCCACCCUGACGGAGUGGAGAAGUACGUUGGAUCGGACAUCGCCUUCGGGUCGUUACAGCACCUGGUCGAGCGUAUGGCGAAGUCGGCGGAUAGAGGUGGCAGGGGCAACUGGAGCAAGGUUCCAGUGAAGCUUUUUGAGGCGGACCUCGGCAGAAAUGAUGUGCAGCGCGACAGGGUAAGAGUGUGGGAAAAAACAGAGGGGCAACCUGGCGAGUGGGGCCUUCGCGUUCCGCUGAAUGAAGGUGACUUGUUUGACGUGGCGUCAAUGCAGUUUGCUUUGCACUACAUGGGCCAGACGGAAGGGCGAAUGCGACGGUUCCUGCACGAAGUCUCGAGACACCUUCGGGUUGGGGGGAUUUUUAUCGCAACUACCAUGGACUCGCGCGUAUUGAUGCAGCUGCUUAUGGGCCACGCGGAGCAAUCCUGGGACUCUUCGCUCGGACGGACAACCCGCAAGGUGGAAAUCGAUGAUGAAAGACAACAAAACUUGCUCAGCAUCGUGUUCAAGGACCCAUUCGAGUCAUAUCUGCGCCAUUCCUCUGAAGACGUUGAUGCUACCGGUCCUUUCGGACUGGAGUACACGUUCACAUUGAGAGAAACUGAACUCAACAAGAACGCUGUGGACGAGGUGCCGGAAUGGAUGCUCCCGUUAGACGCACUGAAGGAUGCAGCCGCUGACUACGGACUCGAGAUGGAGACGGCACAGAAUUUCCACGAAUUCUUCGCUCACGAGUCGCAAGUAUACCCAGCUCGCCUUAAUCUCCGCAACAUGCACGUGUUCAAUCCUCGGGGCACCAUGAACAAUACGGAGUGGCGCAUAGCAGGUGAUUACCAAAUUCAAAAGUGGUAA